GGCGAUGUUGCUGAGACUUGAGAGUUCCAUUCUCUUACCGCUGUAAGCGCCACGUGUCUUCCUCGUCCCUUACGUAGUUCUCCCGCCAACCUCGGUAGUCGCAACACUUCCUUCUCUGCCUCUCUCUCCAUUUCCAAAUUCCAAUCGUUCGUUUCGAACGUCCAUGCUCUCUCUCUCUCUCUCUCUCUCGCCCACCGCCUUAUCUUUUCUUACUCUCUCGCGAAACCAGAAGACGAAAUCCGGAAAAAUCCCUUGGAUUCAAUGCAGUGUCAACUCUUCAAUCUUGGGCCUCGCGGCAAACGCGCUUGAGUUUUUCAAUUUCAGGAAUGCCAGAUUCGCUUGGUUUCGUUUGAGUUUUGUUUCAAGAUGUCUGGGUUGGUUGAGAGGAUUACGAAGGGAAACCCACCUGGGAUUUCUGUGAUAAGAAGCAUCAGAGGCAAAGAUUGGAGCUUUAAGACAUAUAGAUACGUGGUUUUGUUUGUAACAUUUAUAGCGUAUACAUCUUACCAUGCUUCCAGGAAGCCAAGUAGCAUAGUGAAGAGUGUUUUGGAUCCUAAGUCGGGUAUUGAUAAUGCCACCUUGAAUUCUUCUUACUUGUGGCCAGUUGGUGAUGUUUUCGUGAAGAGAGAAUUGGAUUUAGGCAGAUCAAAAGGGAAAGGGUGGGAGCCCUUUAAUGGGAAGGAUGGGACGAAGAAAUUGGGGGAAAUUGAUGUUGCUUUUCUUGCGUGUUAUUCAAUAGGAAUGUACGUGGCAGGGCAUUUAGGUGAUUCCUUGGACCUCCGGCUGUUCCUCACCACUGGGAUGAUUGGGAGUGGUGUUUUUGUUGCCCUUUUCGGGAUGGGAUAUUUCUGGAAUAUCCAUGAAUUCUGGUUUUAUUUGGCUAUGCAAAUGGGUGCUGGGCUUUUUCAGGCCACAGGAUGGCCUUCAGUUGUGGCUGUUAUUGGGAAUUGGUUUGACAAGAGCAAAAGGGGAUUGAUCAUGGGUGUUUGGAAUGCCCAUACCUCUGUUGGGAAUAUCAGUGGAUCCCUUCUUGCGGCUGCUGUUUUAGAUUAUGGAUGGGGUUGGUCCUUUAUUCUUCCUGGUGCUUUUAUAUUUGUGACAGGGCUGAUUGUGUUCUUCUUCUUGCCCGCUUAUCCGGAGGAUGUUGGAUUUCCUUGUGAAAAUGCUGUUGUGGCAGAGCAUAGUGAUGAAGAAACUCAGUUAGGGAAUGAAAAUGAAGGUGCCAGUAUGUUUAGCCAUGGUUCUGUAACUAGGAAAGGUGUUGGCUUCCUUGGGGCUUGUCUAAUACCAGGUGUAAUUCCAUUUGCCUUGUGCCUUUUCUUCUCCAAGAUGGUGGCAUACACAUUUUUGUACUGGUUGCCAUUUUAUCUCAGCCAAACUGCUAUCGGGGGAGAAUAUGUGUCCGUGAAGUCUGCUGGAAAUCUUUCUACUCUUUUUGAUGUUGGGGGAAUUGUGGGAGGAAUUCUAGCUGGCUUAUUCUCCGACUGGUUUGAUGCUCGUGCUACUACAGCGGCCAGCUUUAUGUCUGCAGCAAUUCCCGUGAUGUUUUUAUAUCGCAGAUUUGGAGGUGUAUCCGAGACCCUUAACAUUUUCCUCAUGUUUUUGUCUGGAUUGUGUGUGAACGGACCGUACGCGCUUAUUACUACUGCGGUCUCCGCAGAUCUUGGUACUCACAAAUCUCUGAGGGGAGAUUCCCGAGCACUAGCUACGGUUACUGCAAUCAUUGACGGAACUGGAUCGCUUGGUGCAGCACUUGGUCCGCUUUUGACAGGUUUUCUCUCCACAAAAGGAUGGGAUGCCGUUUUUAUAAUGCUUUCAAUCGGGGCUCUGUGUGCUGUGCUUCUGUUAUCCAAUUUGGUUGUUACCGAACUCAGAGGGAAGAAUUACAAACACCGGCCUAACGUAGAACACAAUUCUGGAGGUUCUGCAUCUCAACCACUUUUACACGACGAAAGAUAAGAGAUAUCGGGAUCUGGUGCUGUUCUGGCAAAGCAGUUCUAGCCCAAAGAACAAGAAGUUUCUCUAAACAUCAUCGGACUGAAAUGUGGUCGAAGAAUUUUGGUCAUCUACAGACUCUUUUGGUUAGUUUUCUGGUCGGUCUUUUGUAUAUAUAUAUAUAUAUAUAUAUAUAGUCUAUGAUCAUUCCUAGGUCUGCAAUGAAGUUGAUGGUGAAGACAGAGUUUGUAGUAGACAUCAGGCUUAAUGGUUUUGUGAUAGAGCACUCAAUCAGCAAAUGUUGCCUGCAUUUUGUUCCAUAUAUGUUGUGAUAUAUUAUAAAUGCUACACCUAUUAUAUAUGUAUUGUAUUAUUUUAUUUUCUCAUUUAUUAGAACUCUGAUUACUAAAAAAA